ACUCUUUCCGUCUCUUCUACCAUCCUUAAACCCUACUAAACUCUGCUGGUCCUAAAACCCUAAUCACUAUAUUGCUGUCCCCUUGUUUUUUCUUUUGUUCAGUUCCAAUCCAAAUUUUAGCUCAUUAGCCAACUGGGUGUGUUACACCCCUGCAAAAAGCUCUAAAUUUUGAGUUCACAAUUCAAAAAUCAUGAAGACCAAGAACCUAAAAAAGAAGAAAGCUUCAGCUCAAAACACCCAAAAGGGAAAGAAAAGAUUUUCAGUUGAAAAAGACCCAUUUUUCCAUGAGGACAAUGACUUGAAAAGGCGAAAAAGGUUUGGAGAUGAUGAAGAUAUAGAGAGCAGUGAUGAUUCUGAGGAUAUCUACGGUUCUGAUGAUGAUGGAGUUGAUAGGAAUGAAGAAAAGGAUGAAGAGGAGGUGGAGGAGACUGCGGCGGAGAAGAGAAAGAGGGUGGCUGAGGCAUUUUUGCAUAGCGUAAGGGAGUCGAAAAGGAAGGAAGAGGAAGAAAGAGAGAGUGGUGAUGAGUAUGAUAGAGAGGAUAGGGAAGCAAUGAGGGAUUCGUUGGUAGCUGAUAUGUUGCAGCAAGAGCAAAUGGAGGAGAGUGGUCGUGUUAGAAGAACUAUUGCUUCCAGGAUUCAAAAGCCUACUGAGGGAUUUCGCCUUUUAGUGAAACAUCGACAGUCCGUAACUGCUGUGACGCUAUCUGAGGAUGACUUAAAAGGAUUUUCAUCUUCUAAAGAUGGCACUAUUGUUAGCUGGGAUGUGGACAGUGGAAAGACAGAAAAGUAUGCAUGGCCUACUGAUGAAGCUUUGAAGUCACAUGGUGCAAAGGACCCACAAGGUCGAGCAACGAAACAUAGUAAGCAUGUUUUAGCUUUGGCUGUCAGCUCUGAUGGGCGCUAUUUGGCAAGUGGAGGCUUGGAUCGUCACGUGCAUUUGUGGGACGUCCGAACCCGGCAGCAUAUUAAGGCAUUCCCUGGUCAUAAAGGACCUGUUUCAUGUUUGACAUUCAGACAAGGAUCUUCUGAACUGUUUUCAGGGUCGUUUGAUCGAUCCAUCAAGAUAUGGAAUGUGGAAGAUAGAGCUUAUGUAAAUACAUUAUUUGGUCAUCAAAGUGAAGUUUUGACCAUUGAUUCCUUGAGGAAAGAAAGGGUGUUGACAGUUGGACGAGACCGAACCAUGCACUUAUGGAAGGUUCCAGAGGAAUCUCAAUUGAUUUUUCGUGCUCCAGCAACUUCCCUUGAGUGCUGCUGUUUUAUCAAUAAUGAUGAGUUUUUAUCUGGUUCUGAUGAUGGAAGCAUUGAGCACUGGAACGCAAUAAGGAAGAAGCCUGUUCACAUUGUAAAAAAUGCACAUGCUUCAUUGCAAUCAGUGGGAAUUGAACAGAGCAAUGGGGCUCUAUCAAAUGGCCACAUGGAAAAUGGCACCGUUAAUCCUCAGUGUCAUUCCUCAUCAGCACUCUCUUGGGUUAGUGCGCUGACAGUCUGCAGAAAUAGUGAUCUUGCAGCAUCAGGAGCUGGCAAUGGGUCCAUUCGGUUGUGGACAAUUGAAAGUGAAUCCAAAGGCAUCCGGCCGUUGUUUGAGCUCCCAGUGGCUGGAUUUAUAAAUUCUUUAAUUUUUUCAAAAUCAGGGAAGUUCUUGGUUGCUGGAGUAGGGCAGGAACCACGCCUAGGAAGGUGGGGGCGUAUUGCUGACGUUCGAAAUGGAGUUCUUGUGCAUCCUUUGAAGCAUUCGUGAUAUUGACCUCGUUGCUCAAUUUUGGCUCAUGCUAAAGGGGGGAUAGCCUUCUCUUGUACUUCUUUUUGUGAAAUUAAUAUUUAUUUUUAUGUUAGCAAAAAUUUUGAUCUAUCAAUUUUGAUAUCUUUUUCUUCUUUCAUUUUCACCUUGUUCAUAUUGAACUAGCUACGUCAUAGAGAAAUACGGAACAAUUUUAAUGUAUUAGUUUAAUUCAUAUGAAAACCUCAACAAGUUUGAAGGUUUUAGUUA